AUGCCCAACUGUGCACUGGUCCACAUGAACGGUUAUCAGCUAGAAAAAGAAAACCGGCUGGAGGUGGCACGACAGGCAGCGAAGGACGCCCGGGAGGCCCAGCACACUGCCCAGAUUCCGGGGCGUGAAACCGGCACUACUAUGGCUGUGCCAUUCACGUCUUUGCUGCUCUUCAUGCAGGUUGGUGCUGGCUCACUUACGAGCCGCUGGCACGUCAUCACCGAAGUGAACAUCGUUCAAGGGCCGUCGUCGCAAGUUACCAACCCGUCAUGCGCAGCUGACACUGUUCUAGAAAACACCGACUUCAACAUCACCGAGGAAUACUGCAGUGCCGCUGCUUUUGGACGUUGCGCAACUCGGGUCGAGCUACCAUGGGCUGUUAGCAAGCAUCACUUCCAUGUACAAAAGGCGGCGAGCUUCAGUCUGGAUUGGGGGCCUGAAACCGGCACUACUAUGGCUGUGCCAUUCACGUCUUUGCUGCUCUUCAUGCAGGUUGGUGCUGGCUCACUUACGAGCCGCUGGCACGUCAUCACCGAAGUGAACAUCGUUCAAGGGCCGUCGUCGCAAGUUACCAACCCGUCAUGCGCAGCUGACACUGUUCUAGAAAACACCGACUUCAACAUCCCCGCGGAAUACUGCAGUGCCGCUGCUUUUGGACGUUGCGCAACUCGGGUCGAGCUACCAUGGGCUGUUAGCAAGCAUCACUUCCAUGUACAAAAGGCGGCGAGCUUCAGUCUGGAUUGGGGGCGUGAAACCGGCACUACUAUGGCUGUGCCAUUCACGUCUUUGCUGCUCUUCAUGCAGGUUGGUUCAGAUAAUAUAUUAUUACAAGUCGGCGAGGUGGAAAUAGAAAGGGCACACCGACUUGGCAAAUUUAACGCUGACAAGCAACGCCCUAUAAUUGUCAAAUUUCGUUCAGAUAAGGACAAACAGAAAGUUCUGCUGGCGGCUAAGAAAUUGAAAGGUGCAAGAAUUUCUAUUUCGGAAGAUUUUUCUGAGCCAUUGCAAAAGAAAAGAAGAAUGCUUCUAGAAUAUGCGAAGGAACAUCAGUCCGAGGCAGAUAAAGGGUUCCAUACCACGGCCCGUUUUACGGACGCGGCCAUGUAUGGGACGAAGGACAAGGACGCAGUGGCAGUAGUAUGUGACCGCCGUGGCCACGUUACCUCCGCUGCAUCGACCUGCCCCCGCACGAUCACGGAAGCAGAAGAGCUGGCCAUCGCGUUAGCCAUCCGCAAAGGUCAACACGCAAACGAGUCACUGACGAUGCUCACGGAUUCCCAGCAAGCCUGCUGCAACUUCCUGCAGGGAAGAGUCGGAAGACUUGCUGCGCAAGUCCUAGCCCAAAUACUAAAGGAGGACACUGAGGACAUCACCACCCAAACCAUCAUCUGGAUACCGGGGCACACUAGCAUCACGGGUAACAUGCAGGUCGACAGAGCAGCUCGAGGAUUCGUGCAUAACCGAGCACACAUCACGCUUGCUGGAGAAGACCCGGAGCCUGUCGACCUCGAGUAUUUAGCCAUCGUGAACUACCACAGAGGGAGUCGCUUGCGAUAUCCACCACCCCAUUGA